CCACAAGAACCAGAACCUGGCGUUGUCGUUGUGGAUGAAGAUGGAAAACCAGAAGACCGGGUAGAGUUAGCUAUGAACUGCCUUCCUCCUUAUAAUUCUGCCAGCUGCUGGAAUGAGGACUUGGCUUCACCGUUUAGGUAUUGGAAGAUACGCGAUUAUGCACAUGCUUAUCGGUCACAGUUUGUCACUCCAUCUAUGGUUGCUGAGAAGAUCAUCUCAGUUAUAGAAGAAUUCAACAAAAAGGAUCCCCCAAUGCCAUUAUUGAUUUCUUUUGAUGCUGAAGAAGUCAGGAAACAGGCUGCAGCUUCUACAAAGAGAUUUGAGGAAGGAAGUUCAAUAUCCAUCCUGGAUGGCAUUUUCAUCGCAAUCAAGGAUGAUAUAGAUUUGUAUCCGCAUCCAUCCAAGGGUGGUACAACAUGGAUGCAUGAGGUCCGUCCUGUGGAAGAGGACGCGGUUAGUGUUUCUAGACUGCGUAGCUGUGGGGUGAUAUUUGUAGGAAAGGCAAAUAUGCAUGAGUUUGGCAUGGGUACUACUGGGAACAAUCCAAAUUAUGGAACAACAAGAAACCCUCAUGCAGUGGAUAGGUACACAGGCGGAUCUUCCUCAGGCCCAGCAGCAAUUGUAGCCUCUGGUCUAUGCUCAGCUGCCUUGGGAACUGAUGGUGGAGGUUCAAUCCGCAUUCCCUCUUCUCUCUGUGGUGUAGUGGGUUUGAAAACAACAUAUGGUCGGACAAACAUCAAAGGUUCCUUAUAUGAUUAUGGGACCGUGGAAGUUAUCGGACCAAUUGCAUCUUCUGUGGAGGAUGUCAUGCUUGUGUAUGCAGCAAUUUUGGGCUCCAAUCCUGCAAAUAGGAUCAGUUUGAAUCCGUCACCCCCUUGUUUGCCAAAUUUGUCAUCAUGUGACAAUGCAGAUGCUUUAGGAUCAUUGCGACUGGGAAAAUAUACUGCGUGGUUUAAUGAUGUACAGUCAACUGAUGUCUCUGAUACAUGUGAGGAUAUGCUUAACCUUUUAUCCAAAACACAUGGGUGUGAAAUGGUAGAGAUUGUCAUACCUGAGAUGCAAGAGAUGCGCACUGCUCAUCUUCUUUCAAUUGGAUCUGAGUUUAUACAUUCAUUGAUUCCUGAUAUUGAGGAUGGGAAAGGUGUGAGGUUGAGCUACGAUUCCCGUACUAAUGUUGCACUUUUUCGAUCAUUCAUUGCAUCAGACUACAUUGCUGCCCAGUGUCUUAGGCGAAGACUAAUGUACCAUCAUAUGGAGAUUUUCAAAAAGGUUGAUGUCAUAGUGACACCAACAACUGGCAUGACAGCACCCAAAAUACCUUCUGGCGCUCUUAGCUAUGGAGAGACAAAUUUACAGGUUACAGGUUACCUUAUGCGCUUUAUUAUAGCUGCAAAUCUUCUUGGUUUUCCGGCCAUUUCUAUACCUGUUGGUUAUGAUAAACAUGGGCUUCCGAUUGGGUUGCAACUAAUUAGCAGGCCAUGGGGUGAAGCAACACUGUUGCGUUUAGCUUCUGCAGUAGAGGAGCUAUAUGCUAAACCUAAGAAGCGGCCCGCGUCAUUUUAUGAUGUUUUGAAGACGAAAUAAAACAUUGCAUCUACCUUCUAUUCCCUGGUACUUCUUUCUCACGGUUCCUCAUGAUUGAAAAAGACAGUUUAUUACCAUACUUUAAUAACAACUGAUCCGUUUUCAUAUAAAUUCGUCAACAAAUUUUCAUUGUCUGCAACUCGAGCAAUUCAAGUCUAUUAUUGAUU